ACACCACCACCCGUCUCCUGCUCGGAGCCAUUGCCGUCCUCCUGUUCGCCAUCCUGGUGGUGAUGAGCAUCUUGGCUUCCAAGGGCUGCAUCAAGUGUGAGGCGCCCUGUCCCGAGGACUGGCUGCUCUACGGCAGGAAGUGCUACUUCUUCUCCGAGGAGCCGAGGGACUGGAACACCGGCCGGCAGUACUGCCACACCCACGAGGCGGCGCUGGCGGUGAUUCAGAGCCCCAAGGAGCUGGAAUUUAUGUUCAAGUUCACGCGG